UGUAUUCGACACUGGCUCGCCAAUUUCCAGCACAAAUUUGGGAAGAAGAAAGACAUCAAAAAUCAACUUUGGAAUGCAGCGGUUGCACAUCAACCAAAAAAGUAUGAGCAGAAGAUGAAAACAAUUCGUCAGACCCACCGAGCUGGAGCAGUAUGGGCUGAAGGUCAAGAGUUGCCCAUGUGGACGUUCCAUAUGGACAACGGGGCCAGAUGGGGCAUUGCAACUACCAACCAUGGAGAAAGUAUAAAUAAUGUGUACAAGGGUCUUCGAGCGAUGCCUGUUUCUGUCAUCGUGGAGAUGUCUUACUGGAAGGUCAACGAGUGGCGAGUUGCUCGGCUACAGCAAGCUAUAGGGAGGGAGUUGCAAGGUCAUUCAAUAGCACAUGACGUAUUCGCUCAAAUGCAGAAGAACGAUGAAAAAUCAAGUAAGCAUAAGGUUGUUCUUUUUGACCGCAGUGAA